AUGAGCAGCGAUAAGGAAGAAAAGGACGACCCAAAUCAUAUGCCAUUGUUUGCCACAGACAGGAUAAUGACAGUAGAUGAAGGACCUCUGGCACAAGAUUUACCAAUAACGAUGAACGGCACUGGAUACCAACGUCGGAACGAUGAUUCCAACAUUGGUAUUAGUCUGCAUAGGGAAAGGAUACGUUUGGCAACUGAUUCCAAUGAUGAGGUUGACAUAGUAAAUGCUUUCGUUACCACUGUAGAUGCAAAUAUUUAUGACGAUAGUAUUCAAAAUGACGACGAAGACGACUAUUGCUGGGAGGACAUUUCCUUUCAUUCCGAAGAAAGGGACAAGCAUGGCAAACAAGGCAAUGAACAGAAAGAAUUUCCAGAGGACGAGAAGCAAGAAAAUAUUUUCUCAAGAACAAUAGCUGGUUGGUUGAAGCUUGGUAGUCCGAAAUCAGACAAUGGUUCGCACCAUGAGGACCAUGAGGGAAUAAGCCCAUUCGCACGGGAUGCAGUCAUAAAGUCGGCAGCUUUGCCACUAGAACAUACAUCAGAUUACGAAUUGAAUCAGCCUGGCGAUCCAUAUGAAAGAGAAACUCAGCGAAGUCGAUUCAGUGCCGUUUUGAGAUUGUGGACAGCUGCUGAUAAAAACAACGAGAGUGAAUCACCUCUGUGCAAUAUGGAGGGGCACACACUAGGGGACCCAGUAUCCGAUGUGUAUGCCGAAUCAACUAGUCAUAGUUCUGAUGCUGGAUCCAUAGAUCAGGAUUACGAAGAUUCUAACGUUGACCUGACGAUCAGUGCCCUGGACUGGCUGCAAAGCAACAAUGAUGUUCUUGCGGAAGACGAAACAUCGGUUAGCAGCGACAUAAUUGGAUCGCUCGGAAGCGGAUAUGGCUCUUUCGGAAAUUUCCUCGAGGGUCGGCGUACACCAAAGCAACGCUCGCUAGAUCGAGAAAGGGUUGUUCAAUGGAUGCGCAAAGGAAAGGGAAAAGGCCGGAGACGCGAAGACAAGUAUGACCCAACAACAGAAUAUCGCAAGCUGGAUGGUAUGCUGCCCAAGAAAAAAAAUGGUGCGACACCCGAAGCUCGAGCACAUGAGAUUGAAAGUGCCCUCGAUUGGCUGCGGAGUGAGGGAGAUAGUAUUUCUAUAGAAGAGUAUGCCAUGGACGAACCAGCAAUCGAUUUCAGCACGAAUAACUUUGGACCUGCUCCAGUUUGUGUCACAAGCCCAGAAGAUCGACGGGAAGAACUGCGCAGCAUUAUGACCUGGAUUCGGAAUAAAGGCAAAGGAAUGAAAAGCAAGUUUGAUCCAAAUGGGAACUUUCGCAAACUGGAUAAGCUUCUUCCAAAGCGGCGUGGACAGACGCUGGAGCAUCGUGCAAGAGAAAUGGAAGGGGUGAUGGAUUGGAUUAGGAAUUCAGAUCUGAUACCCAAAGGAGCAACCAGUUUGCCUGAGCUUUUGAUGUUUGAAAAGCUUGAGUCGUUUCAUGUUUCACGACGAACUCCAGAAGAGCGGGUAAAGGACUUGGAUCAUGUCAUGCUUUGGAUGCGUCAAGAGAGGGGUUCUGAUGACGAGAUCACGGAUCCUACAGGAGACUUCAGUAAGCUUAAUUUGAUUUUGGAGGUUAAAGAAGGUCAGUCAAGUGAAGACCGUGCCAAGGAGAUAGAACGCAAUCUUGAUUGGUUACGAAAUACUUAUUGGGAGAAUGAUAAUGAUUCUCUACCAUUAGAAAGCAGCAGUACGCCACAGAGAAGUCCAAGGUCUUCUUCUUCGCGUGAGAGCAGGCCUCAAAGGAGACGCCGAACACCAUCUCCCAAGCGGAAACGAAACCCAGACGCGAAGAUUCCAAUGAUAAUUGGAGUUGCUCUAGACGAAGAGCCAAAUCUGUUCGCUUCAAUUGGUCAUGUCGUAAACGUUGUUGCAACGCCAUCUGAUGCUUCUACGAUGAUUGACGAUGCGUCAUCACUAAUAUUAAAUAACGGUACCAGAUAUAGCAUUUAA